CGAGUACUCUUAUUUCCUCUUUGAUAUGAUCGUUAUUCAGUGCUCAUUUCCACGAUGGUAUAUAACUGUGCUCGUCUCUGAUAUCACUGCAGCCAAUGUUAUAAACAUAAAACUGGGCGUAAAUUUGUAAAUCAUUUAGUACAUUUUGUAUUAAAGAUUUUAUUUAUUCUUAGAAAUAGUGUCAUUUUAUUUUCUAUCUUUGAAAUAAUUUUUCAUUAUUAUUAUUAUUACUAGUUUUCUCAAAUAAUAUGAUAAAAAUAAUUAUUAUUCUAUACAAUAUAUUACAGUUGAUACAUGAAAAAGAUAUUACCAAAUUUAUUUCGAGUUUAUAUUUUUAAUUUCUUAAUUUAUUAAACGUAACUCAAUAAUAUAUAUACAUAUAUAUACGUACAUACAUGCAUAUGUAUAUAUAUAUAUAAGAAUUAUUAUGAUUUUCAUUAGUUAUAUACAAAAGAUAUUUGUUAAAAAUAACUGUUGUACCACCCAAAGAAAACAAUAAACCUGUUAAACCUGUUAAAAGAUAUUUGCUUACGCUAUUCAUAAAGUGAAAAUCAGCCUUACAAUGCUAUCUUACAUACCACAUAAAGAAUGAAAUACUGUGCCAAACAUUGUAUCAUAGUCACAGCUGAUUGUGAAAGGAGAAUGUAAACAAAAACACGUAGUAUAGUUAUUAGAAAAAAAUUCAUAUAUCGAUAGAAGAAAUACUCAUUCAUUAAAUUUAAUGUAACACCAGAUAAAACCAAAUGGCUGGAGAAAGGAAUAUUCUUAAUUUACGAUUUAAUCAGGAUCAAGUAUUGUCACUAUAUAUUCUCAUGUGCCAAUGUUCAAUUUAGUUAUUAAGAUUUCAGAUAAUUAAUGAUGUUUUACAUGUUGCAUGGAAUCUGGUCUUAGAGUAUACAAUGUAGAACCAUUAGUUGAAAAAGCACAUUUAGAAAAUGACAUAAUGGGAAGUAUAGCUAUUGCAGAGAUGCUUUGGAGAACAAAUAUCAUUGCCAUAGUAGGUGGUGGUACAAAACCAAAGUUUGCGGAAAAUACAGUACUUAUUUAUGACGAUUUAUCGAAAAAGUUUGUAAUGGAAGUUACAUUUACCAGUCCUAUAAAAGCUAUACGAUUACGUAGGGACAAAAUGAUAGUGGCACUUCAGCGAGAAAUACAUGUUUUCUCAUUUCCUAUGCCAACACGAAGAUUGUUAACUUUAGAAACCAGAGAUAAUCCAAAAGGAUUAGUUGAAGUUGCUACAUUAGCUGCUGCACAAAAACAACUUCUUGCUUUUCCUGGUCAUAAACAGGGUAGUGUACAAUUGAUUGACCUUGGUGCUACAGAAGCUGGAAGUUCUAGUGCUCCUGCAACUCUAGCAGCACACCAGGGAGCACUGGCUUGUCUCGCAGUUAACAGUAGUGGAACAAUGAUAGCAACUGCUUCCACUCAAGGUACUUUAGUUAGAGUAUGGGAUAGUAUACGUAGACACUUAUUAGUGGAAUUGAGAAGAGGUGCUGACCCUGCAACACUUUAUUGCAUUACAUUUAGUAGAGAUUCGGAAUUUCUAUGUGCUUCCAGUGAUAAGGGAACUGUACAUAUAUUUGCAUUAAAAGACACACAAUUAAAUCGUAGAUCGACUUUCUCAAAAAUGGGAUUUUUGGGAAAUUAUGUUGAAAGUCAAUGGGCAUUGGCUACAUUUACAGUACCACCAGAAUGUGCUUGUGUAUGUGCAUUUGGUACAAGGAGUUCUGUUAUAGCGAUUUGUAUGGACGGAACAUUUCAUAAAUAUGUUUUUACUGCCGAUGGAAACUGUAACCGUGAAGCAUUUGAUGUCUUCCUAGAUGUUUGUGAUCAUGAUGACUUUUAACACAAACUUUAUAUUGUAUUUAUAAGAUGCUAUGUCUGUAUUGAAGUUUCUAGUCAUUUCAAAUAAGAAACUUCUUGCAGCUGAUGUCUGUACAGUAACAUAAUUAUAUUAAUAAUUAUAAGAAGAGUACAAAUCAUUA